AUGGCCACCCAAGAACUUGUCACUGCCAAAGUCAAGCAUAAGCGCGUAUCUACCCCAAAAAGCCGCAAUGGCUGCAUCACAUGCAAGUACGUAGCGUUAUACCCUCUUCUAGAACGACUUAUUAUGCUUAUAGGACUCGACACCUAA